GUGGGGGGGUGUGAAGGUAGAACUGUUGUUUGCUUCAAUAAACACUCCUUCUUCACUCAACAAUGGCGCCUAAAAAUAAAGGCAAAGCGAAGGACGCAUCCAAAGAUGGCGGUGAUAAGGGGUCUUCUGCAAAAGGCGGAAAGCUGAAACCGGCGACCAGCAUCAAUGUUCGACACAUACUUUGCGAGAAACACAGCAAGAAAGAGGAAGCACUGCAAAAGUUGCGGGACGGGGCCAAGUUUGAUGAAGUUGCAAGAGAGUUCAGCGAAGACAAGGCCAGACAAGGUGGCUCUUUAGGGUGGAAAACGCGUGGUUCUCUUCUCGCCGAUUUCGAAAAGGUUGCAUACGAUCUAGAGCCAAGUACGACGGGCAACCCAAAGUUGGGCGAAUGCAAAACGAACGAGGGAUAUCAUAUCAUCAUGGUGGAAGGAAGAAAGUGAUAUGAUCGGAAAUAUAUACUAUGACUCUGACUGAUCAUACAUCGCGUGCCGUAGAGACAGCCAUCUAGCGAACAGCACUCCGUAGGAAUCUACACGUUCUCUGGCACAUGACGGUUGAUAGAACCAUCUCCUCGCCCUAAUGACGAUCUGUGCAGGCAUAACUGCGCAGUUCCUAUGGCAAAGGUUUAUACCUAUGAACUUGUCUCGAUACUGUUUAUGACGAUGUUUUCUGGCUAGAUCAACAAGUGUCAUCGUUAGAGUCGAAUGGGGUGGGAGCACAACCUAUGACAAGCAUCCCACGUACGAUAUGUCUCCUCUAGUGUAACAAUCUUCAAGCCUGGAAAAUAUAAUUCUGGAGAGGGCUUCUUUCAAUUGAACACG